CAGCCAAAAAUACAAUCAGCAAAAGUAAUCUCUCAAGCCAUGACAUUUCGUGAAACUUGCAUCUUUGUGCUCCUCUUUGUAGCUCUAAGUGCAACAAGUCAACGAGUUUGUGAUCCAGUGUGUCAAGCUAAAGAGCCCUUCAACUGCAAUGAUGUGCAAACUUUCAAUCGAACUGAUUUUCCAAGAAACAUCACUUUUGGUGCAGCAACUUCAGCAUACCAAAUUGAAGGUGCUGCACAUAGAGCGGUUAAUGGAUGGGACAACUAUACUCAUAGAUAUCCAGGAGGAUGUCCAAUUACUGAAACGCUUGAAUGUUCAAGCUUACAGAUUCUCGAUAGCGUGGUCAAGGGUCCUACCAAGGGAGAUUACAAGGAUUACGCUGAACUUCUCUUUCAAAGAUUCGGGGAUAGAGUGAAGUUAUGGAGAGGGAACAUUUCCACCGGGGCGAUGUAUGUACAGGUUGUGAAUUUGGAGGAAAUUCUGGUACAGAACCUUAGAGCAACCCCAACGAGGACACAAGGUGGAAAGAUAGGAUUAACCUUAAUUGGAAGAUGGUUUGUGCCUUUAAAUGAAGCAAGCGUUUCAGAUCAGAUGGCUGCGCGGCGAGCAAUUGAUUUCAUUGUUGGAUGGUUCUUGGAUCCUCUGGUGUAUGGAGAUUAUCCGAAGAUCAUGAAAAAUACUUUAGGGGAAAGAUUGCCGAGAUUUACUCUUCUAGAAUCUCAAUUAGUGAAAGGAUCCAUUGAUUUUCUAGGUUUAAACUAUUACUUCACACAAUAUGCAACUGAUUCACUGCAACCCAUUUCGACACCACCCAACAUCCAAACUGAUCCAAGAGCCAAUAUUAGCUCUUCUCGUGGUGGAGUUCUAAUUGGUGUUCAAAGUGCUAAUUUUGUGUAUUAUCCUCCUGGGCUCCGUCAAAUUCUAAACUACAUCAAAGACAAUUACGCAAACCCACUUACCUACAUCACUGAGAAUGGAUUUUCUACUUUUGGCAAUCUAACACUUGCUGAAGCACUAGCAGACCAAGAACGAAUCGAAAGCCACUGUAGUCAUUUGUCGUGUCUGAAAUGCGCAAUCGAGGAUGGAUGCAACAUAGCUGGGUAUUUUCCAUGGUCUUCGAUGGAUAAUUACGAGUUUAGUAGUGGUUACACAAUCCGCUUUGGUUUGAAUUGGGUGAACUUCACUAAUCCAGCUGAUAGAAGGGAGAAAGAUUCGGCUAAAUGGUAUUCUAGGUUCAACACAAACUAAAGAAAAUGUGAAACAUAAAGUACUCGGUUAUAAAGCUACUAUGUGUUACGUUGUAAUAUAAAGUAACGGACUUGCAUGUCUUCUUUAAAUAAUAAAUCAGAAAUAUGAUG